UUUCCUAUAUCCGGGCGUCGUACUCGCAGCCAAACAACAGACGCCGGACGCUCUCACAUCGCCACCCCAAUCCCCGCCCAUGGCCACCUCCGCCCUCAACCUUCCCCUCCUCCCCAUCUCGCAACCAAUGCAACCGCGGACGUCGCGGACAACGAUGACGAGGAAGAGGAGGUCCAGGCCCCUCCGAGCCGCGUCCGCCUACGCCCUCCGGGAGGGCCAGUCCCGCCGCUCCCACCGCCUGCCCUGCGGCCUAGACCUCGAGGUCAUCGCCCAGCACCCGCCUACUCCGGGCCCGGCCGCGGGAAGAAGCGAACGGCCGCCGCUUGUGUUCGUGCACGGGAGCUUCCACGCGGCCUGGUGCUGGGCGGAGCACUGGCUGCCAUUCUUCUCCCGCGCCGGAUUCUCCUGCUUCGCCCUCAGCCUCCGCGCCCAGGGUGAAAGCAGCGUUCCAUCUGAGGCAGUGGCUGGCACGCUUGAGACACAUACUGGCGAUAUUGCUGAUUUUAUCCGGAAGGAAGUUUCCUUCCCACCUGUACUAAUUGGACAUUCAUUUGGAGGCUUGAUUGUGCAGCAAUAUAUAUCAUCCUUACAAGGUUCAGAACCUCUUCAUCCAAAGCUUUCUGGUGCUGUUCUUGUGUGUUCUGUGCCUCCCUCAGGAAACAGUGGAUUGGUAUGGCGCUACCUUUUGGCUAAACCAAUUGCUGCUGUCAAGGUUACACUCAGCUUGGCUGCAAAAGCAUAUGCAAAUUCGUUGCCCCUCUGCAAGGAAACAUUUUUCUCACCACAAAUGGAUGAUGAACUUGUCCAAAGUCACUCAUGUAGGUACCAAGAUCUAAUGAAGGAAAGCUCGAAGUUGCCACUAUUUGACUUAAGGAAGCUCAAUGCAUCAUUGCCGGUACCUUGUGUACCAAACAGUACAUUAGAUGUUCUCGUCAUGGGUGCAAGCAAUGAUUUCAUUGUUGAUGCAGAAGGGCUUUCUGAAACUGCAAAAUUUUACAAUGUUCAACCUGUCUGUGUGGAAGGGUUAGCACAUGAUAUCAUGUUAGAUUGCUCAUGGCAGAAAGGAGCUGAGUUUUUUUUUUCGAGGGACAUGUUUUGCGUACCAUGUGGUAUGUUCUGAAACUUCAGAGGUUGGAUAGCAAGUCCUAGUUUCGUUGGUAAGUAUUACUUCCUUCAGAAUAAAAAUUUGCUUUGGUAAGUUGUUCUCUUAUUUCUUGCCUGUGUGAUUUGCCUUAAGGGGUCUGCAAUCCUACAUCUAUUGCCAGCUGUCUAGGGCUGUGCUCUUGCUGGUAGUAAUCAGGGAGCUGAUAUCCCAAGUUUCAUUCUCAUUGAAAACGAAACCUCAGCACAGCCAAGAAUGGUCAAAGCAUGUCCAGAAAGCAAAAGAACCAAAACUGGGUACAAGCAUCUUUAAGCUAUUAUUAAGUAGCAAACAUCGUGUCGACGAACACCUAAACAGUUAAAGUCCCACAUCCUUCACAUGCGCAGAUGCGCUGCAAUCUUCCGUGGAGAUGCAGAGUCAACCUCAUGCCAGCAGCUGAUCAGCUCAGUCAUGCUGGUACAUCUUCUCAGCCCCAGGCCGGUUGCAAAGGAUCUAGGAGCUUCUUUUGAAUGAGCUCUCCAAAUCUGUCUAGCCUUUUUACCUCCAGGUCUUUGUAGUUUGUAUGGGACUUUUCACUCUAUGAUAAAAGGACAUGAUCAGCCUCCAGGCCUUUGUAGCUUGACAUUCUUCGAAACAGUAAACUCGUUCCUGCAUUUCUACAAUACCCACAGGACUGCUGAAGACGGUGUCUUUAAAACCAUGUGUUUCUUAUUGCACAGUCAGAAUUUGGCUACAAACUACAAAGUUAGGAAUCUGGAUAUCAAAAAAUUCAAAAAUUACUGCCAGACUUCUUUACCUACAGUGGCGGAGCCAGGAACUAACUUAGAGCAGGGCCAUUAUAGUGUAUGUGACUAAGAAAAAGUAAUUUAGGAGGAGAAGACCCGGACCAAACUUCAAAUUAUCACAAUUUACCAAAGAAAAAAAAGUUCAAGCCCCAGGCCGUGGCCUCCCUUGCCUGAGGCUUGUCUCUGCCCCUCUUUACCUACUAAACAUUCCAACAUCAAAUGCCGAUUGGAUUCUUUCUCACUACACUGGGCACAUUCUUCUGGUUUAUGCACAUUUCUCUUUUCCAAAAUAUCUCUAGUCAUGAUCUUAUUCUUCGUGAGCAACCAUAACACCUGAAUUCUAGGGGAAUUUUGAGUUUCCAAACAACAGGCUAGAAAAUAAGUUGCAACCUUCUGGGUGUCAAUAAUGGCAUAUAAAGAGCUGGAUGAAUAGCUGUCACUGGAUGAAUAUGUCUCGUUUGAUUAAUUUGCCAGAUUAGUGAGUCAUGUUGCUCAGAAUAUGUGAUACUCUGGGUAGCACUCUCAAGCCCGUACUUAAUUUUAUACUCCUUCCGUUUCAUAAUUCUUGUCAAAAUAUUGCAUGUAUCUAGAUGCUUUUUAGGAAUAGAUACAUCCAUUUUUGAAUAAAUUUAAGACAAGAAUUAUGAAACGAAGGUAGUACCUUAUUAUGUGUACUAAUGGGCCAGCGCGCUUUGCUACGCCGUCUGAUAUGAGCUGUGAUUUACGUGCCAAAGAAAUUUUGGGGCUUCAAUAUACUUAUUUAUUUUUCUUACUUAUGGGUGUGGUUGUUUAAGCAGAGUAAACACAGUGAGGAUCGGCAAACAAUUGUCUCCUCAUUAAUCUCACGGCGCCCCGCAAACAAAGCCAAAAAAACGAAACCUCAUCAGACCUAUAUCAAGGAAGAACCUUGUAUUGCCUGAGGGGCGUCAAGAAAUUCAUUAUAUGUUAUUUGUUGUACUCUGUGGAGCAUUGAUAAUAUAAUUAUUGUCAAAGAACCGUCAAUGUGUUAAUUCAAUGAGUUUAUCAAAAGGUGAAUAACCCAUGUGUAUUCGGAAGAACAUAUUGAUAAGUGUAGAAUACAAAUUCUGAAGGGAAA